AUGUCUGAGGAAAAUCCAAACAAGAAGAAAAAAAUUAUCCUUCGUCCUGCAACAGAAAUUGCACUUGCAAGAGCGGCAGAGGCAAGACGACACCGAGAGGAGGCGGAAGCGGCGGCUUUGGCGGCGGAGCUUGCGGCAGCAGAGGAAAUGGACGCCGAGGAACCGGCAGCGUCAUCUCAGCCAUCUGGGUUUCAACAAUUUGCUGGUAAGACGAUUCCCGGAUUUCGAGUUGCGGAGUACGAGGAUUCAGGACCGCGUCAUCCGCAUUCACGUGGUGUUUCCGCUUCCGUUAGAAGGACGCGGAUGAACCCGACUGAGCCGCGACGUCAGCUUCAGUUACACGAUGAGGGUGGUGCGGCGUACGAUGCAAUGGAGCAUCAUGAUGUAGAUGAGGGGGGGAUGUUCUUUACGGGUAGGGGUGGGCGAUUUAUUCGGGGAGAGGGGAGUUCAUCGACUGUUGAGAGUCGAAAGGGAAAGGGGAAAGAUGUUGAUGACCUUAGCUGGAAGGUCACAGGUCCAGUUGCAGGAGGACCUACGGUUGGGUCAGUUAUCCCUAGUUUUGGUGGACACGUAGCUAUGGAGAUUUGGGGAGGAGGAGAUAGAAUUCCCCUGAAGUGUCAGACCCGAGAGAGGAUUUGUGCACGUUUGAGGACAUGGGUUAGGACAUUGCCUCCACCGAUACAGGCUCGUCUUCGUAGGACGUCUCUGUACCAUAUCCCUUUUACUAUGUUCACACACAUUGAUGCACCCUUGAUUUCAGCAUUUGUCGAGCGGUGGCAACCCGAUACGAGUUCUUUUCACCUACCGUUUGGGGAGAUGACGAUCAUGAUGCAUGAUGUAGUGCAUAUAUUGCAUCUUCCAGUUGAGGGGUGUCUGGUUCAUGACACCACUUCAUCUGGUGCUCUUAGGGGUUUGGUUGCUGACUUGAUCGGUAGGACAGUUGCAGACCUUGGGAGUCCAUUUUGGGAUAAUGGUGCUAUUAGUGCACAGGGGGUUGCUGAGAUUCUGUCAGAAGAGCCACCUGCUCCAUUGGAGAGACAGCUGACGGGUAUUAUAUGGUUGAUUUUAGGGUGUUGUUUGUUCACAGAUAAGAGUGGAUCGAGGUUGAGACCAUUUGACCUUGUUGAGGCCAGUUCUCCAGAUAGCAUUCACACGUUCUCCUGGGGGUCGGCUACACUUGCGUACUUGUAUCGUCAGUUGGGUGAGGCUAGUCGGACCUCCACAGUUGGGAUCACUGGAUGUUUGACUUUACUCCAAGCAUGGAUUUAUGAGUACUUUCCAUGCUUCAGGCCACGCGCACAGCAUAUUAGUGGUGGGGGAGGUCCACGAGCGCAGAGUUGGACUGUGUACCCGGAGAAGAGGUCUCAUGACCGUCUUUGUUCCAUCAGGAGACAGCUGGACACUCUCACAGCAGAGGAUGUGGAUUGGUUGCCUUAUGGUCAUGAUUUUGAUCCGACCACCAUCUCGAGAACAUUAUACAGGGGUACCAUUCGAUAUCGGGGAGUCGUCGAGCCCUAUAUGCCUGAUCGAUGUUUGCGGCAGUUAGGUCGUAUGCAGAUUGUACCUGUUCCUGUUAUUGCUCCAGAGUCUGCAUCUAGGCCUAGCAAGGGAAAGUAUGUUGUGCAAUCUUCUCCUGUCUACUGUGAGUCAUCAUGGUCCUCGUUCCCGACAGGUAAUUGUAUAUACUUAGAACUAUUUCAGAAAGGUUCAACACCGUCGGCUUGUUCUACUGAUUACUUAUCCUGGUAUGAACGACAUUCACAUCCAUAUCUAUUGAAUGGAGGUAAUGUUGCACGAUCCAUACCAGAUCGUACGGCGACCGAGCAGGUGGAUACAUGCAGCCGCCCAGUAUUAGAACAUAGGGAUGAGAGUGAAUGGCUAACAGAAACAUGUCAGACGUUUGAUCAGCUCAUUCAGGAUUGGAACAAAGUGUUAAACAAUACGAAUGAAGAGAAUGAGUAG